UGCACUGUUAUUGAUUUCCAGCUCCCUAUAUUGUUCCUAUUUCUUCUCAGAGCCUUUAAACUUCGUAUGAAAAGGGACUCAUUGGUCUUUGCCCCGGACGUCUUAAUCGAAUCGUCCACCAGAGGGGUCAUUGAUUUCGAUACUGACAGAGUUCUUACUGGAUAUUUAGAAGAUGACGAAGAAUCAUCAGCAGAGGGCGUUCUCACGCAGGAAGGUCUCUUUGAAGGUGUAAUUUAUUCACGCAGUGGAGAUGAGUAUCAUGUCGAGCCAGCAUCUCGUUACUUUCCAUUACAGAGAGACUUUCAUUCAGUCAUGUACAGACUGUCCGACGUCCAGUUUCCUGUAAAUAGCACGUGUCUUUCUCAACAUCUCCACGAUAAGUUUAAAACUUUCUUUUCGUUAUCAACACAUCCGUUUUCAUCAAAGAAUUUGUCAUUAUUGCUCUCGUCUUCGGACAGACUAAAGCCAAAUGCUUUUCGACUGGGUAGAAAUACGGCAAUGAAGUCAUGUUGUGGUAAGACCUAUCACGCAAGGACAAAAACGUACUUAAAACAUAACUUUUCUACAAACAAAUAUCCUUUUAUUUAUCUUAAAAGAAAGAACCCUUUUAUUCAUCCUUGGAGUGGUACAGAAGUAAAAAAAAAUACCGGUGGUGACCAAAAAACGGCCUUAAAUAGUUCAGCUUACGAAAUCCUUAAAACGCUGCGGGUUCGUCGAAAUAUUGUCGAUGACAACCCCAUCUAUUGGAGGGAUAUUGAUGCACUGCACUACAAAACCAAGAUUUUACAAAGUCAGUUUGAACCCCAUGGUCUUCAGUCAGGUCAACGAGUCCAAACAACGGCCACAGAUCCUGGUCAACCAGUAACCAUUGAUCUAAAAAAAUCUACUUGUAUGCUCUAUCUUCAGGCUGAUCAUCUUUUCUACCAAAAGAUGGGCAGUGAAGAGGCCUGCAUCGAGGUUAUGACGAGACAUGUUCAACGAGUAAACAACAUUUUUAGAACCACAGAUUUUAACCAAGAUGGCCACUCAGAUAACAUAUCAUUCAUGGUCAAAAGAAUAAAAGUCUACACUAUAGACGAUCUAAGAGAUCCUCAUUAUCGUUUUCCGGGAAACUACGGGGUCGAGAAAUUUCUGGAACUUUUCUCUGAAGAGGACUACGAUGCCUUCUGUCUGGCCUAUAUGUUUACAUACAGAGAUUUCGAGGGAGGAACCUUGGGCUUAGCCUGGACUGGGGACCUUAAGAACGCUGGAGGUGUCUGCGAGAAAAAUGGGCAUUAUCGUGGAAGCUUGAAAAGUCUUAAUACCGGGAUCGUUACUCUACUAAAUUAUGGAAAACACGUGCCUCCCGUCGUGUCCCACGUCACUUUAGCGCAUGAAAUAGGACAUAACUUUGGAUCUCCGCAUGACCCGGAAAAUAACGAUCUUUGUACCCCUGGUGGGAACUAUGGGAAUUAUAUUAUGUUCGCCAGAGCGACUGCUGGAGACAAAAAAAAUAAUAACAAAUUUUCACCAUGUAGCCUUACUAGCAUGAAUGCAGUGUUAAAUACAAAAGCACGGUCUAUGAGAGGCUGCUUUACAGAGCCCCAACACGCCAUCUGUGGAAACGGCGUGGUGGAAAAAAAUGAGGAGUGUGACUGUGGAUGGGAAGAAGAUUGUCAGGAACCCUGUUGUUUUCCCAUGAGGAUUAACCCACCACACGACCAACCCCCUUGUCGUCUUCGUCCUAACAUAAUGUGCAGUCCCAGUCAAGGUCCAUGUUGCACCCAGGAUUGUUACUUGAAGAUCGGGAAAAAAUGUCGUGAUGACAACGGUUGUAGAAGUGCCAGCUUUUGUGAUGGUGUUAGGGCAAGAUGUCCCCCUUCUACCAAUAAACCCAACAAAACUAUUUGCAACAAAGAAUUCGUCUGUUAUCUUGGGGAAUGCACUGGUUCGAUCUGUAUGGCCUAUGGUCUUGACUCCUGCCAGUGCCUCAUGGGACCACAUGAUCCUGUAACCAAAGCUUGUGAGAUGUGUUGUAAGCUCCCUGGUGACGACUCCAGCUGCAAGUCUUCAUUUGAAUGGAACUUACCACCUUAUGACGUUCCAGAUCUUUACGCCAAACCGGGCACACCGUGUAAUAACUACAAUGGCUACUGUGAUGUCUUUCAAAGAUGCAGAGAGGUGGACCCGUCCGGACCAUUAGCCACGCUACACAGACUUCUUUUAUCAACUGAGAGUAUAGCUCAUUUGAAACAGUGGUUCAUGAACCAUUGGUGGGGAGUGCUGUUAUGCCUAAUUGGAGCUGUCUUGUUUAUGGUUUUGUCAGUGAAAAUAUUUGGGAAAAGUUCGAGAAGUAAAAGAAAGGCGUAUUGCGAGGUUUCCAGCCACCUAUCGUCGAGAAACAAUUCGAUUGUAUGUCCUGGUAUAAAUCCAUCUGUGGUAAAGAGCCGAACACAGACUGUAGCCUCCACCCAGGGAUUCCCAGCAACUAUAGCUCACACAAGCUCUACCGAGCCAGUUACUUCGAAUUUUGUCAAAACUAGCUUGACCUUUCGACCACUUGACCGCCCAUUUUCAAACCAUGGUAUGGGUUGGGUUUGACCAUAGGGAUUUAAAUCGCUAUUAACAAGCGAAGUAUUUUUAGCAAUGCAGAUGGGGAAUGAACUGAACAAAGUGAUCUACAGCAUCUUUUGAGAAGAGACUAAACUUUAUUAUAUAUAUAUAAAAACUAGGCUUAACACGGAUAUUUCUUGGACAAACACUGUUAAGAAAUGGCCUAAACAGAGCGAACCAAAUUGUUUUUAUAUGUUUUGUGGAACUUGCUGAUGUUUUUUAGUAUACAAAGAUAUAUAGAUAAGUGAAUUGAUAACGACCAACCUGACUUAGACAAUUACAUUGUGAAAAAUUGUGAGUUUUCAAAAAGCUGUAGCCACAGUUUUGGAAUAAGCAACAUAUUCAUUUGAAUAAUAGUAUAACACGGCUUUAUAAAAAUCUCUAUUCUUUUGGGCCGAGCGUGCCAUAUUGUGGGUCCGUGAUUCGUGUCCUGUUAUAGCAAACAUGAAAUUUGCGCUUCAUACUUUAUGGCUGUGAGUACGUUAUAAGAGUGACAGUCUUAUCCCACUUUUUUUAUUAGAGUAGCUCACGAGUUGGCAGCUGGUACUGUUGACUAACUAGCUGCCUUUACCUCUAACCUGUAAAGUCAAAAUUAGGGACGACUAGCGCAGAUAGACCUUUGUAGAAUAUCAGAAAGAAUCUAACAAAACGUUUUUCAAAACCAUAGAACGUUUGCAAUGCAAAGAAAAAAAAUACACAACAUAUACUUUUGUAAUAAAUUAUAACUUGAAUAGUACCAUGUAUUAACUAUAUUUCUAAAAAUGCCUUUACGGUAGUUGUAAUCAAACAUUUAUAAAAAAAAACUAAAGAGAGAGAGAGAGAACAUUUUCAUGGAUUAAAUUGAUUUUGGUUGUUGAAGAGGAUUCUAAAAAUAUGGAGAUACGCAAGAAAAAAAUUUUAGGCUAUUAAAUCUAUUGGAAAAUAUUUAUUUCUCAUCAUCACGUGAGAUGCAAAUGACACUAGACAUGCCGAAAUAAUAAACUGUGUCAUUCUAAAAAAUUACAACCAUCUUACAGCAGAUUGAUUCCGACCAAUGAAAAUGCAACAAGGUAAGGGAAUAAUUUUUGUUAUGUAAUUAUAUAUAUAUAUGCGUGAUUCAGUUAAUACAGUCUGUAGUGGUGUAUAUAAUAGUUGGUCUCCAGUGAGCGCCCACAGCACACAAAUUAGCAAUGACCAGUUGCAGCGCCAUCUCUUGGCUUAAAACUAAUCUAGCAGUGGCAAUACCUGACUGACAAAUAAUAUUGAUGAAUCUUUACAUCAUCAGUAAAAAAAAAUUGAAAAGAAGCUUUAGAAAAAAAAAUUACCGGUUAAAUUAUUGGUUGGGUAAAUGAACCACAGAUUCUGGCGCUCAUACAUAAAUUAUAUAUAUACGUUUGACAUAGUGUUUGGUAUACAGUUUGACGUGGGCUUCUGUUUCAUUUGCUGAUUUUCUUAUUUCUCUUUCGACAAAAAAACUUGGUCUGCAAAAUAAAGUAGGGACCAUCCAUUUUUUUUUAAAUUACAAAAACAAAUGUGCCAAGACUGGAUGUAACGAAAGGGAUGAUGCAAAAGCCGGCGCCACUCUGAUAUUUCCAAGUCCUCUUCUUACGGUUGUUUGAAAUUUGUACCGUCGGUAUUACGACACAUCAACAACAGAAUCACUUCGUCACAUUCCAACAGGGCUAUCUGCCGUGUCCACCACGGGGAAUCGAACCCCAAAUGUUUGUGUUGUAAGUCUCUAACCUUACCGUUGUCUCACAGAGAACUGCAUGAUUAAUAACACUUCAAACAAUUUUGUAACGAAAGGAAA